GGGAGCUCUUACGAGAAUGCAGUUGGCUAAGCAACUUCUUCAGGCGCUACGUGUCGCAAGUAGACAUUAGAUUCAGCACCGGACCCAUAUCGAUUUAAAAAAAAAAAAAAGAAUUAGAAGAAAGAAAAGAAAGCUCUUUAAAUACGGUGUGCAUUAGAGCGUUUCAUCAGCAAACACACAGAGGCCUCUUCUCCCCUUACUCGGAUCCAAAAGUCCAACCAAAUUUCAACACACAUUAGAAGCUUCCCUCUGUUUUCCUUCCUAAUUGUAAUAUUUUUUUGUUUUCUUCAUGGGCUUUGGCUCGAAGCAGUCCUCCAUCUCCACCGCCACAAAAUGGCUGGGAUUCGUGACGGCCGUUUGGGUCCAGGCAAUCUCCGGCAACAAUUACACCUUCUCCAACUACUCCGACGCCCUCAAGGCCCUCAUGAACCUCACACAGCUGCAGCUCAACAAUCUCUCCGUCGCUAAAGACAUCGGAAAAGCCUUCGGCCUACUCGCCGGUCUCGCCUCGGACCGCCUACCCACCUGGUUCAUUCUCCUCAUCGGAUCCCUCGAAGGCGUCGUCGGCUAUGGCGCCCAAUGGCUCGUCGUCAGCCAGCGAAUCAAACCUCUUUCUUAUUGGCAGAUGUGCGUGUUUUUGUGCAUGGGAGGGAACAGCACGACCUGGAUGAACACAGCGGUGCUGGUGACGUGUAUGAGAAAUUUCCGGAAGAACAGAGGCCCGGUCUCGGGUAUACUGAAAGGCUACGUGGGCCUGAGCACGGCCAUUUUCACGGACCUUUGUUCGGCCCUAUUCAACGACGACCCGGCCCGUUUCCUCCUCAUGCUCUCUAUAACCCCUCUCGCCGUCUGCUUCACCGCCAUGCUCUUCCUCCGCGAGAUCCCGUCCUCCAACUCCUCCGCCGCCGACGAUAAGGAGGAGUCCGGCUACUUCUGGCUCUUCAAUGGCGUCGCCGUUGUCGUCGCGCUUUACCUCCUCGCCUUCGGCUUCCUUCCAAACCCUAGCAAGCUCGUAUCUCACAUCUUCGCCGCGAUUCUCCUCGUCCUCCUCGCUUCACCGCUUGUUAUUCCGGCCUACUCGUUCUUCGCGAGCCGGAAGGGAGCGGGCUCGGACGUCGAGGGACAGGCGGCGGGCGAGCCGCUGCUGAAGCCGGAAAUCGCGGCGGAGAGUGAGUCGAAGGCGGCGGCGGUGGCGGAGGAGGAGAACGCCGGCGAGGAAGUGAAGCGGAGGCCGGUGAUCGGAGAGGAACACACGAUUCCGGAGGUGCUGAGGAGCUUGGAUUUCUGGAUCUUGUUUGUGUCGUUUCUGUGCGGCGUGGGAACGGGUCUAGCGGUCAUGAACAAUAUGGGUCAGAUUGGUUUGGCUCUCGGAUACGCCGACGUUUCGAUUUUCGUUUCGCUCACUAGCAUUUGGGGAUUUUUUGGGCGGAUCGUUUCGGGUUUGGUUUCGGAGUACUUCAUCAGGAGAGCUGGAACGCCUAGGCCACUUUGGAAUGCUGCUUCUCAGAUUCUCAUGGCUGUUGGCUACAUACUCAUGACAAUUGCUAUGCCUGGUUCGCUCUACAUUGGUUCAAUUGUUGUGGGAAUUUGCUACGGCAUCCGCCUGGCUGUCACGGUCCCCACAGCAUCUGAACUAUUUGGUCUCAAAUAUUAUGGUCUAAUUUACAACAUUUUGAUUCUCAACCUCCCUCUCGGAUCCUUCCUCUUCUCCGGGUUGCUCGCCGGACUACUCUACGAUAUGGAGGCCACCACCACGGCAGGCGGCGGCAACACUUGUGUCGGCGCACACUGUUACAGGCUUGUGUUUCUGGUGAUGGCUAUUGCUUGCAUUGUUGGUUUUGGUUUGGACAUUUUGUUGUCCUUUAGAACGAAAAACCUCUACAACAAGAUUCAAGCGAGCAAGAAAUCAAAGAAAACGGCUGUUCUUAAAUGAGUGAUGAUCAAACCCAUGUGCCACAGAAUCAGAGGAUUGAUGGGCUUUUUUUUGCCCACGUGAUAUCCCCAAAUUCAUCAUCAGCUAGUUUGCCAUUUUUUAGAAGAAGGAAGAAAUGGUUCUCCCGUAAGAUUGUCUACCACUAGUUGUGUGAUAACUUGUAAGUUUGUUGUAAACUUGUAAGAAUCAAUUUUGUGCAAUUCUUCGGUCCAAUGCAAGGAUAGUUUUGUGAGAAAAUUAGGUGUCUAUAAUUGUUUGGGCCUCGUUUUUGCUUGAAUAAUGUGUUAACAUUUGGCCAUUCUAUUAAAA